UUUUGAAAACGCACAGAAACCUGUUUAUUUUCAUACACUCUAGUCGUGGCUGCCCAUAAGGUUAUGGCAUCACAUUGUAUUUAAAACAUGGUUUAUAUAUUAUUGUUGUAAUCAAUGAUUGCAGUAUGGUUGUAAUCCACUAUUAUUCUGGACUGAAUCCUCCAAGGAUUUACAUUGGGAAUCAUUUAUGCAUAUUGCCACCAUCAGGAGGCGCGGUAUGAACAUCCUCCCUCCCCUCAACAACGCUCGAAGAAAGAUGGCUGUGACAACUCAAACCGUUUAUGGUGACAACUCAAACCGUUUAUGGUGACAACUCAAACUGUUUUUCCUCCUGUCUCCUUUUUCUUUCUUCUGUUAAACAGGUAAUGUAUGUGGUGUACACAAGCACAUGAUCUAUAGAAAAUGUUAGUCUAAAUGGUUGUCUGAGUGGUACUUACCGUUUAUGUUGAAAGUAUAAAGUUUAAAUGUGUAAAUUGAUCGAGUGAAAACCAUUAGCAAUCUUGACAUUGAGAUGACUGGAUUUUGCGUCUAAGCUUGGCUAGCCCAUAGGAUAACAUAAGAAAUGGCACAAGCUAAUAUUUUGGUUUGAACCUAUUGAUUUAUAGCUCAUCUGAGGUAAUACUGUGGUUUUAGGCACUGUAUGUCCCCAUUCAAGUGUUCUAUAUUACAGUUGUAUUUUGUAGAAAAACGAUAUGCUAAUACUAAGCUAAAUGCGCUAACGCUAGCCUGUCAAGUCAAUAGGGUUGUUAUUAGCUUAGUGGCUACCGUUAGCUUGCUCAGUUUUGAGAUGACUGCAUUGGUUUAUGGUUUAUUUAGCUAAAGGUUAAAACAGGCCUCCUUAUAUGUGCAUUUAUUUUCAUUAAAACAGUACAUUAUUGUUAACUUUUAUAUCAUCGGAGUUUAAGAUAAAUAUUGAGAAGGUUUAUUUGGUAGUACAAGUCAAUUCACAUUAUUAGCUAGCAUGUCUAUUUUAAAUACAGAAGAUGUAUGUUACUGUACUUAAAGUACUUUCUAGUCUUUCACAGCAUCUGGCGGAAUUAUUAAUGUUUUCCAGGCUCAAACGUUAUGGUUCCAAAGAACAUCUGGAGGGCGGCCAUACAACCAGGCCAACAGUUCCACUGAUGGCAAGAGCGCUGUUGGGUGCUUUUGAUGUUGACAUGUUGCUGAAAAGCAACCUGCGAGAUAGACUUUGCUCCUCCUGAGCCAAACCAAUCAUAUUGUCUCCAUCAGACUGAGGGCUCAACGACUGAGUGAUUAGCAGACUCGGAGAGACGAGCACAGCGACUCUAACAUCUUGACGACCAAUCAGCCAACUGAGGAGGGUAUAGAAGGACUAUAACUGCCUGAUUACCCAGUCACCCUGUCCCCUCUACACCCCCUUUAGCUCCCUCUAGUCCCCCAUCAACUCCCAGGCUCUACCAGUAAGCUCCCUCUAACAGCCCCCAAAACGCUUAUUCCACCAUGACCAAUAACAGCAGCUCCUCUGGCGUCUGGGAGAACUCUGAUUGGUCAGAGUCAGCCCAGUGUCCACCCUCGGUGAGUGGAGCCACCUUCCUCAUCGUGGCCUACAGCACGGUGAUCGCAGUAGGGUUGUUAGGCAAUGUGGGCCUGGUUUUCAUCAUCGGGCGGCAGAAGGAACUUCAUAAUGUCACUAACAUUCUAAUCGCCAACCUGUCCUGCUCCGACAUCUUGAUGUGUGUGGUGUGUUUACCUGUCACCGUCAUCUACACUCUGAUGGACCGCUGGGUACUGGGGGAGGCACUCUGCAAGGUCACUCCGUUUGUACAGUGUGUGUCAGUGACGGUGUCUAUUUUCUCCCUGGUGUUGAUUGCGUUGGAGCGCCAUCAGUUGAUCCUGCACCCUACUGGCUGGUCCCCAGCAGCAGGCCACUCCUACCUGGCCGUAGGUCUCACCUGGUUGGUCGCCUGCUUCAUAUCACUCCCGUUCCUGUCCUACAACAUUCUGACCGACAACCCCUUCCAGAACCUCACGCUGCCUGCCAACCCCUUCAGAGACCAUGUGAUCUGUUUGGAGAAAUGGCCAACUGAAAGACACCGUCUGGCCUACACCACCUCCCUGCUGCUGUUCCAGUACUGCCUCCCUCUGCUACUAGUGCUGCUCUGCUACCUCCGCAUAUUCCUACGCCUACGUCGACGCAGGGACGUGGUGGAGCGGAGCCGGAAGGCCCGAGGAGCCCAGAGGAUCAAUGCUAUGUUGGCGGCCAUCGUUGCCGCCUUCGCCCUCUGCUGGCUGCCGCUCAACGUGUUCAACACGAUAUUCGACUGGGACCACCAGGCGCUGCCCGCCUGCCAGCAUGAUGCUGUGUUCUCCGCCUGCCACCUCACCGCCAUGGCCUCCACAUGUAUCAACCCUGUGGUGUACGGUUUCCUGAACAGUAACUUCCAGAGGGAGUUGAAGGCCCAGCUGCAGCGCUGCCACUGUGGAUUGGGGGCGCCAGAGAGCUACGAGAAUUUCCCACUCUCCACCGUUGGCAGCGAGGGGAUCACCAAGAUGUCGAUGCUGAACCGGGCAGGGUCAAUGAGCAUCGCUCCACCACCACGGGCUGAGCCCAGUGUUAACAUAUGCAGCUAACAGCUAGCCGACAGAGCUAGUGGCUAAUGCUAAUGGCUAAGAGCUAAUGGACAUUGUGUAGUGUGUACAGCUGUCAGACACGAUGUAAACAACAAGGGUAAAGUUCAUAUCAAGCAAGCAGCUAACAGACAGAACGCCCCAAUGGACAGAACUAAUAGAGAGCCGCUAACGCUAAUAGAGAGAGAGAAAGUGGAACUAAGCAGCUGGACUGACUGUCAAAGACAGAGCUGGUUGGCCCCAGUCUCCAUAGAGAUCGGUCGAUUUCUGAAUUCCUACAAAGCAUCGCAGGCCCUACAGAGUAUACAGAAUGCACUUCGCUAAAAGCAAACAAACAGAUCCAUACAGCUAAUCGACAGAGCAGCUCAUGGACAGAUUGCACACAUGCAGCUACGCUAGGUAGCAAACAUCUGGAGAGACUGCGGCAGAGAGACUUACAGAACCAGGGACUCGUGGGCUCUGUUUCAAUGGUGAUGAUGUAUUUCUGAGCUCAUUCAGCUUGUCCCCAGAAAAACUGCCUUCACCAGAUAUUGACAUCAUCCUGGGGUGUUAAACUGUUGUCAAGCCAGGCAGAAAGAUGGACAGUCAGUCAGACAGUCAAUUCUGAACUCAGGGAUGCCUUGAGAUCUAAUCAAAAUCAAAUCAAAUUUGAUUGACCACAUACUCAUAUUUUGCAGAUGUUAUCACAGUUGCAGCGAAAUGCUUAUAUUUGGUACUCCAUCAGUGCAGUAAUACCUAACAAUGCAAAACAAAAGACACAAAUCCCUUAAAAUGAAUAAAGAGAGAGAUGUAGAAAUAUCAUGGUCAUGGUCAACGAUCAGAAUGUACAUUACAUUGCCGUUCAAAGGUUUUAGAACACCUACUCAUUCAAGGCUUUUUCUUUAUUUGUACUA